UGCACUGUCCCAUGUCGGGGGACAUUUUAGGGACAUGGCAGGAAGAAAACCUUCAGGUGUAUUCGUUCUUCACGUUGCAAACCUCUUGUGCGGAAUUGCCUUUUGCCUGCCCACAGCAAAGGUGUUAGUAGACUACGAUGUGGACGGCGGACGGGACAGGGACAUUUUCGACAUCAAUGAAGAGGCAGGGUUGAAUCUAGUAGAGGGGGACAUUGUGCUUGAUGAGAGGCAAACUCGUAAUUCCAUAAUAGGGGAAGAGUACAGGUGGCCAAAGACGAUCCCUUACUACAUGGAAGAUGACUUGGAGAUCAAUGCAAAAGGUGUGAUUCUGAAGGCCUUUGAGCAGUACCGGCUCAAGACCUGCAUCGACUUCAAACCUUGGAGCGGAGAAGCAAACUACAUUUCCAUCUUUAAAGGAGGCGGAUGUUUCUCCUCUGUGGGAAACCAGCGAGUUGGGAAACAGAGAUUGUCAAUAGGGACAAACUGCGACCGCAUCGCCACCAUUGAACACGAGUUCCUUCAUGCUCUGGGUUUCUGGCACGAACAGUCCAGAGCCGACCGCGAUGAUUAUGUUAAUAUCAUGUGGGACCGCAUCUCACAGGGUAAAGAACACAACUUUAACACCUACGACGACACCACCUCCAGCUCUCUGGGCGUGCCCUAUGACUACGGCUCCAUGAUGCACUACAGUAAAAAUGCCUUCCGCAACGGCACCGAGCCCACCAUCGUCACCAAGAUCCCUGCCUUCAGCGGGGUCAUUGGCCAGCGUAUGGAGUUCAGUGACAGUGACCUGCUCAAGCUGCACCGCCUCUACAACUGCACCCAGGGCCCUACGUUCCUGGACUCGUGUGACUUUGAGCGUGAGAACAUUUGCGGUAUGAUCCAGGGCUCGGAGGAUACGGCGGACUGGGUCAGGGUCACCAACGCCGACGGGGGGCCCAGCACGGACUACUCCAACAUGGGCAAAUGCACUGGCUCAGGGUAUUUCAUGCACUUCAGCACCGGCACAGCCGCCACUGGGGAUACGGCUGUGCUAGAGAGCAGGCUCCUUUACCCCAAAAGAGGAUACCAGUGUCUGCAGUUCUUCUACUACAACAGCGGCGGCCCCGCAAACUCGUUGAAUAUCCACGUCAGAGAAUUUGACGACGCUAACCCCAAUGGAAAACUGCGCCUUAUAAAGACCUUAGAUGGCUUCGAUCAGGACGAGUGGCAACUGCACCACGUGAGUCUAGACGUCAAAACCAAAUUCCGCGUCGUUUUUCAGGGGACCAAAGAUGGUUCUGGGCCCUUGGCAGGGGGACUGUCCCUGGAUGACAUCAACCUAUCUGAGACCACCUGCCCGGAGUUUGUGUGGCGUGUGAAAAACUUCAGUCACGUUAUAGAAAACACCACCGCAGACACGUCUAUCUUCAGCCCCCCGUUCAUCUCAAAGGAGGGGUACACCUUCCAAAUGGAGCUGUACCCCAGCGGGAAGGCAGGCUACCCUGGUGAGCUGUCGGCCUACGCUCAUCUGGUGGCCAAGGAGGGGGACAUCGGGCAGCAAUGGCCAUGCCCCUGGAAACAGAUAACCAUGAUGCUGAUGGACCAACACCCACACAUCCAAAAGCGCAUGUCCAACCAGCGCAGUGUCACCACUGACCCCAAUAUGAAGGCAGCAGGCUCAGACAGCUUUUUCUGGGACGACCCUCGCAAGGUGGGCGUUGAGGUCACACAAGAUGGGUCCACGUAUUUCCGAGGGCCAGGCGCCGGCACCGCCGUGUAUCUCACCCACCUCCGGGCCAAGAGCAGGGACUUCAUAAAGGGAGGAGACGCCAUCUUCCUUCUCACCAUGGAAGAUGUGUCUCAUCUGACGGUGACCCAGCCUCUGCCUUCCACAACCCAGCCUCCUGUCACCACUGUGCCCUCUGAGGCCUGCCUCAAUGUGCAAUGUCUGAAUGGCGGAGUCUGCGUGGCGGUUGAGGGGAAGGCCGCUUGCAGGUGCGAGGUGGGUGAUGACUGGUGGUACUAUGGUAACAGCUGUCAGUACAAGGGCUCCAACAUGGAUAAAACCACCCUGGCACUGGCCUCUUCCCUGUCCGUACUGGGAGUAAUGCUGGUGGUUACAGCAGUCAGUGUCAUCUGCAUGAAGAAGAAGUAUAAGAAACGCAGUAAUGACAGCAGUGUUGUCAUGGACAACAUAACCGCAACUCAGUAAC